AUGGAUCCUCACAACAAAUCUCCUUCUCCUUCUCAAAUACAACCAUUUCCUGAUUAUGGAGGUUUACAAGACGGUAUCCCAGAGACCUGGAUAUCAAAUGCUACACAGGAAGAUGCCCUGGCACCGCUGAAUGACUUAUACUUCUCCUCCGCGGAAUCCAUCGAUUUAUGGGCACCAUGGGGAACUCUCGAACCACCACCCUUCGACGAGCUUGAACAAGGCCAUUCAACUUCACAACCUCAUACCGAUGAGCCGCCCGAGACUUUCCAGAAUGCGACCAUAGACGACAUCGCGCUUGGGUUUCACCCGGCGACACAAUCGUCGGUUUCUAAGUGGCUGAAUGGAGCAUUCUGCCCUCCAGAUCCCUGUACCCACUGCCGUAGACAUCGCCUGCAGUGUCUGAUCAUCCGUACCACAGCAGCGAACCCAAAUCCAGUCUCGGCAUGUUCUAGUUGUGUAGCUCUAUUUCGGGAAUGCAGUCUCUCAAAGGGCGAGAAACGUCUCCCCUCUGGAUUUGAGACCUUUACACCUGUAUUGGGCCAUUUACACGGCCUCCCAGAAGACAUUGAUGAUGAUGGAAAUCGAAUAAUCCCCAGCGUGGAAGAUAGAGAAGGACGAAAGGACACUAAACAGUUUGUUAGGAAAGGAGCUCGAAUCCUACGAGAAUGGCUUUACCAAAAUCAAGAAUUCCCAUAUCCCACUACAGAACAAAAGGAUCGAUUGUCACAAGAGACUGGGUUCUCAGAUAAACGCAUCUCUACGUGGUUUGCGAAUGCCCGUCGUCGGCAGAAACAAAAACUUCAAACUUUAAGACAUGCGUCGACAACGCGGCAUCGCGCUGGGUCUCCCAUGAUUACUGACACUUUGAGCUCAAUGACUCCUAUGGAACGUUGGAAAGCAUCGCCACCUGAAGAUGAGCCAGUCGCAGAAUACGCAAUCCAAGAUGCGAUCGCAUCCAAUGAUCUAGAUAUUACACCAGAUCUCUUUGAUUUCGAUAUGUCUACCAUGGAUUUAUUCAAUUUCGACGAGUCAUCGUCUCACUUACCCUCAUCAGCAUCUAGUUUCGGGAGUCGGGCAUCAGAGACAUCCGGAAGUAUUUCAUCGGCGUGGAGCCAUCAUUCCGAAGAAGGAAAUGUGCCGUUCUCGUUGCUCCCUAAGAAACAGCGGUCGCGACGACGAAGGGAUGCCACAUCGGAGGAACAUCAAUUCCAGUGCACAUUCUGUACCCGAUCAUUCAAAAAGAGACAUGACUGGGCCCGUCAUGAAAAGAGUGUUCAUAUCUCGUUUGAGAAUUGGGUAUGCACACCCGAACUAAAUGAACUACUGAAUGGGGAAUUCUUGGCGACCGAGUGCAAGUUCUGCGAUACAGUUUUUCCUGGUCCCACUCAUAAUGAAGAACAUGAAUUCCAGAUUUGUGCUGCAAAGCCAUUGGCGGAAAGAUCAUUUACUAGGAAGGAUCACCUGUGGCAACAUCUUCGGAAAUUUCAUGGGUGUACUAAGAGUCCUAUGCCUGAUCUCGACGCGUGGCGAGGGUCUGGUGCCCAUCUUGGCAGUCGAUGUGGGUUCUGCAAUUGCCCACUCCUAACCUGGAGUGAGCGCACCGAACAUCUGGUCGGACAUUUCAGAGAUGGAAUGCGCAUGAAUCAAUGGAUUGGUGAUUGGGGACUAGAUCCCUCUGCUAUGGCUAUUCUUCGUCAUGCUGUGCUUCCAAAUCAACGGUCCUUGGAGCAUUGA